AUUCUUUCGUGCAGCAACAAUAUCCUUCCGCUGGGGCUCAUCAGUUCAAUUCGCCCCAGACCAAUUUCGUCAAGUUUUUUUUUUACGCGUCGCAUUGACUUGAGAAUGAACUAUAGUAUACAUGGAAUAAAAUGGCAUCCGAGCUCGAAGGCUUGAUCGCGGGCCUUUUGGUUCAUAUCUCAUGCCAUGGCGAAGAAGGCUGUCCUGUGGAUGGUGUUUUGAAAGCUAUCCAUCAUCCCUCAACCAAAACAGAAUCAUUAUCUGAGGGUGAUUCCGCUGUGCAAGCCCGCACUGCCGCGACCAUUUGGAGCUGGCUCACUGCGAGACGGGAUAUUUCUGUCGGUGCUGAUCGCGAGUACAAUCACCUAACUCUAGACCAAGUACUGGCGCUUCCAACUGCUGGUGGCACCCCUGGACAAAAUGCAGAACCUACAGAACCACUACCAGGAAAUCCAACAGAACACCACCAUGUUCGAGUCUACGCCUCUGAAGAUAUCAUGUGGGAAUCUCUUACCGGCCAUGCAGUUGACUACAAGCGAGUACCCAAAUCCGAAUGGAUGCUACUUUUGGGCAUAGCCUCGACUACUACCCAAGGUAUUCUUCAGGGAGAUCUUGGGCGUCUAACGGAUCAAGACAAGCGCAGUGUGCCAAAAAGAACUGAUAGUCUCCUUAAGAAGGGAUACAUUGUCAAGAGAACAACACUUGUACGCGGCACAAAGACGAGUAAGAUGUGGCUGAAGCUAUUCGCUCCGCCUUUACCAAAAGACGGCGAGGGUGUUGACGACGCCCGGCCAGACAUGACACUAACUCGGCAAGUCCUUGUCGAAGAUCUCGAACCCGUCCCUUGGCGCGUACGAUGGACUGGUGAAUCUAUUGACUAUAUUGCAUUGGCAACGACCAUUAUGGCUAUCGUCAAGGAGUGGGGAGUCCUCCAGAUGAAAGACAUGAAAUCCAAGCUUGGUGUGCUGGGAAUGCGUUGGCAAAUGAAGGUCUUGGCUAAAGUGUGUCGCUUUCUCAACCAGCGAGGCGUUAUACAGUAUGUGGCAGCGAAGCUGGGAGAAAAGGUAUUCAAGGACUGUGUCAAAUAUGUCCGAGAUCUCAACGCAGAAGAUUGGUCCCUUUAUCUUUCAACAGGCAAGAGAAAGAGCAAGACUCCAAGGAACCCAGAUCUGGAUGGUUAUGAUGGGAACAAGCAACUCAUAGGACAAGCCUCUAACGUUUCCGAAGUAUCCAAAUCACCGCCAUGGUCUUUGGACAAGCCGAUUCCUGUUAUAAUCGCCGAGAUGGCAAAACGGCUAGGAGACGCCGGACUCACAAACCCGGAUGUUUAUGCCUUGACGUUAGGUCCUUCAUACAGCCGACAUCUUUCCUCAAUGACCACAGCCUUGGCGGUUCCUGGCCUGCAACCACCUCACCUGGCCCAUUUUCAGGUUUAUAGCGAACAUACAAGAACUGGAAAGGUCGCCUCUUAUCGUUACUUUGCACCAAAUGCCCCUCAUACGCCAUCACCGCCAUCGACUGAUGCCGCUGGUCAAGAAUCAACACCGACUCCGGCGGAUAUCUAUGGUUUCUCCUCGUUACCCUCAUCAUCGAUAUCUCAUGAAAGCUCGCCAACAUUGGCUGAGCUGUGCAGCAUGGGAAUGACCAACAGAAAGACAGUAGGCCGCCCUAAGGCCUCCAAAGCUAAGAAUGGGAAGCCUGCAUCAACCCCAAAGGCAAAAAGAGGCCGAAAACGACGUGCUCCAACACCAGAAAUCUCACCACAAGAGGAUGAAACUACCGAGGAAGUAGUGAUCCCGCAGAUUCCAGAAACAAUUGUUCAAGAACCCGAAUUACCUACAGAGACGCCAGCACCUGAAUCGCUCGCGCCGCCUGAAAUUAACGAAGACCAGCGGGAUGAUGCUGUCCCUGAACCUCAAAAGGCUGCUACCCUUGUGGUGACUCUCAAAGUAUCCCCGGCAGCCCUCAAAGAACUUCUUGCAAAGGCACAGACAGAUGUGGCAACCCCUGCACGGCCGACAAGAACUAGGCCAACAAGAUCUUCCGCCAGGAAAGUCCAGACUAGGACCAUCAAUACUGAUGCCGAAAACGAAGAAAUUAGUAAUCGGGUGGACGUUGAUGAUGAACUGGAACUCAAUAACUCCACCGAGAGCCUACUCACUGGGAGGAAACGCGGCCGACCGAAAAAGGGCGAGGAUAGGCCAAAAGGAAACGCGGAACAAGCCACAGAAAAUGACAAUUCCCCACGGCCUUGGGUUUGCGAAAAAUGUGGCAGAGCAUGGAAAAAUGAUAACGGCUUGCUUUACCAUGUGACCAAGUCAAGGACGAAUUGUAAUCCAUCGUUUGAUGUGUCUACAGUAACGCCAACUCGGCGUGGAAAAAAAGAAUCGGUCAUAGAAGUUGGAGACCAAGACACUGCGACACCUGUUGUUGACAAACCACAAGAACAGGGCCGACGAGCCGUGGACGACGAAGAAAGAGAAGAGCCCCAGGAUAAAGACAAAGACCACGAUAAUAACGAGAAUACUGGAAGAGAGAUUGACAACGAUGAAGGCGAAAAGGAUGGAAAAGCUCGCGGCGAAGGCAAAGAACCAAGUCCAGAUGAUGAGGAUAUACCAAUGCCGAAGCCCGUAUCGAGAACACGCGGCCCAAUUGCAGCCCGGCCAACUUGGUCUUCACGGCCAACCCUAAGUUUUAAGGGAGAGGCAUUUCAAGUCAACCCGGAAUUGCAACGACCUCCAGUUGCUAUGUUCGACUCUCCUAAACAGCCCUCACUUAUUAACGGUACCAAUGGUGCCCUUGUACAAGGCGAGAACAGCCAAUUGCGCCCGGUUCUUAGUUCAUUGGAUCGGUUCAGCCUCGUAGGAGCAUCUCCCAAGACGCCUCGGUCUAAACUCCAAAGAAACGGAUCUCAGCCAGACGCAACCCCCCAGCCUGAACAAUAUCAACCCAUACAACACUCCACCAAUGGCACACCUAGCGGACCUGGCUCUGUUGUGAAACCGAAGACGCCUAUGGUCACCGAUACCCCUAUUACCAAGGCUGUCAUCAACAACCGUGUAUCCCAGAUCAUUCAAAAUAUCUUGGCAGAGCACCAAGGGGUUUUCCCAGGAGGCAAAUCUUUGUGGACGGCCAUCAGUAUCCGAUGGGUCGAAGCCUUUCCUGAGGUAGUGCCACAAAUCCGCUCGUACCAGGCUGCAUUUCGAGAACUAUUGAAGCAUAAGAUUGUGGCCGAACAUUGGCUCACAUUUCGCAGUAAGAAAGGUGUGACUGAGAAAUGCCAUUUGGUUGUCACGGCUGGGGUCGAUCCUUUUUCUCCUGAAGCUUCUGAUGUGGCUCAGAAGAUUCAAGAAGCACACCCAGAUCUGUAUCUCCCCCCUCCAUUCGAUGCUCAACUUGAUAGCGAUCUCUUGAAGCGGGGUCGACGAGAUCUCCCUGAAGAAGUCGAGAUGUUAGAUGCACCAGUAUACGUGGCACGAGCUGCCCAGAAGCGGGCUUUGGAUGAGUAUGAUGACGAUGGAGAUGACUUCCCGCCGCCUGCAAAGCGUGGUCGAAAACGCAAGAGUAUGUUUGCAGAUGGACGCCCUUCAAGAUCCCGGGCGUGGCAAGGCGACAUGGGAGAGCCAAUGUGCUAUGAACACUUUGAGUCCUCUCAAGGUGCUCCUGAAGCCCUUCAGUUUCUGGACCCUAACACAUGUUUGGAGGAAGAUGGUAUCGAAGGAUCAGAGCGCUAUUUUACCGAUGACUUCAGGACUAUUUUGGAGCAACGGCUUUCCAACCCUUUCUCAGGAGAGAUUGUUUUUGACAAGCCCAUUAUUGUUUCCGGCUACGAUGGUGUCUGGCCACGUAUUACACCCCAAGAUUUCGAGAUGCAAGAUGCCAGCUACACGUUGACGGGAUGGAUGCCUGACCCGAAUUGGUUUGCCUGGUCGUCAAUGAUAGACAUGAUUGACAGGAAAGCGCAUUUACUCAACCGUGAUAAGCUCCAGCGCCAAGAUGUUCUUGACCCCUACCGGUGCUUUAUUGAGAGGCUGUACUGCUGCAUGGACCUGGAACGAGCGUGGUCCGAAUCAUUCAUCAAUGCACCGCCCGGAGCAGCAGGCCCUCACAACAUCUUCAUCUCAUUCUCGAGUGAAAGGGACGAUCAAGUACUUGAGACCCCAGCCUCUGAAUUUUCUUGGCCCCUGGAUUGGCAGCUUACCCCGAAGUCUUUCCCAGGAGACGUUCCUGACCGUGCUCUUCUGGUGGACGCUUCGUCUGAUGAAGAAGAUGAUAGCACUGAUUGGCCAGAGUUCCCGGCAUACAGGCAACAAAAGCUUGCUCGAGGCGCUGGCCGCCAAUCGAGGGGCCGAGGUGUCGGCAGAGGCUCAGUCAGUCGACCGCGAGCGUCCAUCAGUCGCCAGCAACUAGCACAACAACCAAGGGUCAAACGAGUGCGCUUGGUCACACGAGCUCUUAUGCCCAUUCCUGAGGAAGUUGAGCAGAGACAGCAAGGCCAACAUGGCCAGCAGGGCCCAAGCUCCGUUGACAGUGACUCAGAACGUCUUCUAGCUGCUUUGAUCGCUGUUCGUGUUCUCCUUGGGGGUGCCGACAAGUCUGUUGAUUGGGGAUUACUCCUUAAGCUUUUCCCGAAUCUGGCCCUCAAAGAUAUCCGCCGGUUCUGGAUCGAUGCCCGGAGAGAACAGGGUGCCUAUGUCAGGAAGCUAACCAAGGAUUUUCAAGAUCGGUUCAUAGUUGCCUACUCUAAGAAUGAGCUCCCGGAAUUCGACUUUGAGGAUCCUAUGGACUAUGACUGGGACAGCUUGAUUGAAUGGACACUUGAACUGCCUCGCAGAAAGGGCGUUGACCUGCCAUCGACCAGGCAUUACUUUGAAGACAAUUUUUCCACCUCUGCCGCCGCUGCUCACGAGGAAGAAGACCCACGGGAGAAAUUCUACAACCCUCAGUCGUCUGUCUAUGCCCGUUUCGAGGCUGUCACUUUCCCGGCAUUUGUCACUGUUGACAAAAUGCUCAGUGGUCUUAAUCAGAAAGUCAAGAUUACCAACGAGGUCAUUGCGAGGUCUUGGGUGAGAUCUCUCUGCUGUACAGAUGAGAGUCGCUACACAGUUGACCAGAUACAACAAAAGUUUGGAACACUCGCAGACGGUGACCAGGACCAAAUCAAUGCCAUACUGAAGGAAGCUAUUGAUGUCUUGACGGCACAGCGCAUUAUCUGUAAGAGCAAGCGGCCCCCUCUCUCAGGGAGACCGUUCAGACUGAACGAAGCUUUUGGGCAUGUACUCGGAAAACUUGCGCAAAGAACUAAGUACCAAGAUGCAGCUGACUUCAAGUCAAAGCUGGAUGCGACCUUCCGGCGCGGUGAAGCCUUCCGGGUUCCUUUUAACCUCCAAGACGGAGCUGUAAUGGCGCUCACCAACCUGAAUGCUGGUGAGAGGAUUAAGCUCACCCCAGUCAAUGUGCCUCAUAUCCCACUGGGUUUCCGACCGGGUUAUUAUGAGAUGCGCAAGCUGAAGAAAGACUGCUACUUCUGGAACAUCGAGGCAACCCCCACGGACUCGUACAAAUACGACGAGGACGUGGGUGUCAUCCGCAAGAGCAUCAAUGAAGGACCACCCACUGCGAAGCACUUGCUUCCACAAUGGGUUGACUUCUUCGGGCGCAGAGAUGCGGAGAGAUGGAUGGAUGUAUUGGGAGCUUUCUGUUUUGUAUACGCCAACAGAGGACAUCUAACUAUCGAGGGUGUAUGCAAUGCGCUCAAGCCAAUCCUGGAAGAGUUUGAAGCCGAGCUCAUCAUGGACUGGGGCAUGAAAACAGGCGUGCUUGAGGAGGACGAGGAUGGCCUUGGACUGAGAGUCGGAGAGUGGUGGUGGUUAGCUGUACCUUGGCAAUGGGGACGACAGCUCAAAGCCAGGAGAGAAGUGGAAGACUAAGGAUUGUUAAAAUACCUUAUUAAUUAGGAAUCUCUUACAGGAAACUGAGAUGAAAGUCAAACCAUGAUAGUUUGCCAUAGUAAAUAAUAUCUCUGAAGAUAUAGUUGUCACAAC